AUGUCCAGUGAAUCAAAGACAACGUUCGAUUUAGAACCUAACCCUUUUGAGAAAUCAUUUGCCAAUGAUGAUGUCAAAGAAGAUAAGAACAAACAUAAUUUACACAUACCUUUAUCGAGUUUGAAUAACAUGUCAUCCAAAUUACCCGGUAUAACACCUCCUUUGUUGACACCUGGUGGGAGAAGAUUACCUCCUAUAAGUUAUAGUCCCGGAAAUGUGUCAACACCUGGUGGUACAUUAUGGAAUAGUCUUUUGAAUGCCACUAAUGAAAGAUCAGGUCCUAGUAAUGCCAAUGGAUCAACUCAACCUUCAAAUACACAAAAUGCCAAUCAAUCCACCCUGAAUGGUCAAAAUCAAGAUUAUUUCUUAAGUAGGAAAUCUGGAUUAACACCUAAUGAAUCUAAUGUCAGAACUGGACUCACACCAGGAUCUCAAGGAUUCCCUUUUAAUAAUCAUCUAGUGAAUUUGACUCCUGGGAUCUUAAAUAGUCCUAUGACACCAGGAUUAUCGUCAUUAUUAGGAAUAUCACAGAAUCCGGUAUUGACUCCUCAAUUACAACAACAAUUAGCCCAUCAACCUCCUCAAGUUCAACAACAAGUGCAACAACAAGUUCAGCAGCAAGUUCAACAGCAAGUUCAACAACAGGUACAACAACUUGCAGCACAAAAUCAAGACCCUACUCAAAUAGCACAACAAUUAUCACAACAGAAAAUUCAACAACAAGUUCAACAUCAAGUCCAACAACAAGUUCAACAACAAUUACAACAAGCUGAACAAGCAAAAUUACAAAUGAAAAAAGAUGAAAAUAAAGAGAACGAACGGAAACGAAAAGUUUCAUAUUCAGAAGAACCCAAGAAGAAAAGUCGAGGUAAAAAGAAAGUUAAAGAGGAAGUUCCUGAAGAAAGACCCGAAUCUCCUGAAAGUGAUGAUAAGAAUUUAAAUGAUAAUGAAAAGCGUAAACAAUUCUUAGAGAGGAAUAGAUUAGCUGCUUCUAAAUGUAGACAAAGAAAGAAAGAGAAAGUUGCUAAAAUGGAAGAUGAAUUGAAAUUCUAUUCAAAUGGUUAUAGAGAAUUAUCACAACAAAUGAAACAAUUACGAGAUCAAUUAAUGAUAGUCAAAGAUGUAUUAGCUAAUCAUAAAACUUGUAAUUUGUUAAAUCAACAAGUAGGAGGAUUUGAACAAUUAAAUAACAUUAUUCAACAUUCAAGUUACAUAACAUCAAUGACAGAAAAAUCCGUAGGUCCAAGCUCAUUACCAACAACUGUUCCUACAACGCUUAAUCCUGGCCAACCAGUAAAUUAUCCCGUUCAAGAUGUUCAUCAAACUUCAGGAGCUAAUUCUGCCACUACCAUAUCGAAUGGUUAUGACACGAUUCCUGGAUCUACUAAUAUAUCAGCACAUCCAAGUACUACAACUUUACAAGGAAAUAAUAAUAUGAUGAAUAAUCAAGGUAUACAUCAACCUCAAGCUUCAGAUGUAAGGGCUAUACAUAGCAUGACCAAUUUGGCAUCUUUGAAUCCAAAUCUACAUAUGCAAGAUAUUAAUGAUGAAGGGUUCAAUUUAAGGCCGGUGAAUUCAAUGAUUGAUCUUCAUAAUCAAGGAAAUUUGGUGGAUUUGCCCAAUUAG